AGCUCACACGUGACACCGUCGCGCGACCGCAUUGUCUGCAAGCGGACAAAGAGCAACGGUUAGUUAUCGCCGAGAAACGGGCAGGUGGUGUCAUGACAACAACGGACAUUAUGGAUCUGACUUUCCUCAGUGGUUUGCGCCGCUGUGUGCGAGAUCGUACGGCCGCUUGAACUUCUUUAAUGUCUGGAUCCCAAAUCCGGCCGUGUGGAGGGAUAACGACGUUGGCUGCGGUGUUUUUUCCAGCUCACACGCAGCUGGCAGCGGGUAAACAAAGCUGGACCGCCUUUGUUUCCCUUCUUAAUUUACCUAGUUGGAGGAUUCACUUCACCUGCGUCAAAUCUUACUUUUCCAGCUAACGUAAGCUAACUGUUAGCGUCGACAUUAGGUUUUUUUUUAAUUUAUUUUUAGCUAAUCUCUUUUUUUUACUGGCUGCAUGAGAUGUCAUUCACGAUGGAGGAUAACUUGGAGUCCGAGUGGGUGUCCGUCAGACCGAGAGUCUUCGACGAAAAAGAGAGGCAUAAAUUCAUCUUUAUCGUGGCCUGGAACGACAUCGAGGGAAAGUUCGCCAUAACCUGCCACAACAGAACCGUCCAGAGGCGGAGUACCGUGCUGUUGGACCCUUUCAUGGACCUUCCUGCCCCCGGUACUUCCGUGGCAGAGAAACACACAAAAAGUAAGAAAGAUGAAGCGUGCCAAGCGGGUAAAGUAAGACCACACACUUUACCCAAAACAAAGACUGUUAUUGGUGACAAAAACGCUCUAAAACCCGUCUGUUCAAAGACCGAGUGUGUCAGUCCCACACAAGGGUCCUGGGAUAUUGUGACACCGAAAGUAAUAGAUAUCGAGAUCCUGGACCCCGUGGAUGUGCCGCUUUCCCCGGAUGAUGCUGACCUAGGGGACUGUGAGAGCAGCGGCCGGGAGGACUUCAGCUGGGCCGGGCUGUUCUCCUUCCAGGACCUGAGGGCAGCGCACCUCCAGCUGACCGCCGUCAACUCGGACUUGGAGCCGUGUUUACCCUCCUUUCCCGAGGAGCAGUCCGGUGUGUGGUCGGUGAUAUUCGGAGCCCCAGGUGUGUCCCAGCGGGAGACAGACGCCCUGUGCUACCAGCUGCAGGUGUACCUGGGCCAUGCCCUGGACACCUGCGGCUGGAAGAUCCUCUCCGAGGUGCUUUUCUCCGAGAGCGAAGACACGGAGGAGUACUACGAGAGCCUGAGCGAGCUGAGGCAGAAGGGCUAUGAAGAUGCUCUGGAAAGGGCCAAAAGACGCAUGCAAGAGGUGCUGGAUAAACACAAAGCCCUGGACAGCAUGGUGGAGCUGCUGCAGGUGUACCCGGAGGAGGACGAGGCGUAUGGAGAGCUGCUGGAGGCAACAACCCAGCUCUACCACUACCUGCUGCAGCCCUUCAGGGACAUGAGGGAGCUGGCCAUGCUGCGCAGACAGCAGAUUAAGAUCUCUCUGGAGACGGAGCGCCUGGGUCCUCGCCGGCUGGAGGGCCUGAGGAGAGAGGACGAGGAGUGGCAGAAGAAAGCCCACGCCGCAGUUCUCUCCAUACAGGACCUGACUGUCAAGUUCUUUGAGACCACCACUCGCGCACAGAAAGCUUUGUUUGAGCGGAUGCGUGCUGACCAGAAGAAGUUUGGGAAGUCUGCUUGGGCAGCAGCGGUGGAGCGGAUGGAGCAGCUGCAGUACGCCGUCUCCAAGGAAACCCUGCAGCUGAUGAGGGCCAAGGAAAUCUGCCUGGAGCAGAGGAAACACGGCCUGAAAGAGGAGAUGCAGAGUCUGCAGGAGGGAGAGGACGCCAUGCUGCGAGUGGACCAACUGGAGGCGCUGUACUACGAGCUGCAGCUGCAGCUGUACGACAUCGGGGCGGAGGUGCUGCGCUGCGAGGAGCUGCUGCUCAACUCCCAGCUGCAGAGUCUGCGCAGGCAGAUGACAGAGCGGCAGGAUGAGGUGGUGUACUACGAUGCCUUUGAGAGCCCAGAUGCCAUGAAGGGUGAGGACGAUCACACCACCCCCCCGUCCCCCCUCCGAGAUGAAGAACUGAGCGUCCUGCAGCAGAGGACCCGGCAGCUGGAGGCCCGCAGGGGCCGCAUCACCACCAAGAAGGUCUACCUCAAAAACAAGAAGGAAAUCUGUAUUGUCAAUCACAACCAGAAGAUACAACAGCGAGGCAGCCAUGAUGAUUCCCCGCAGACACUGCAACACGGAGGAGAAGCUGAGGAAGACGAGGCCAGGAGCAACGCCAGAGUGAGUCAGGACAGACAGAGGACUCUGGACAGACUGCGCAGCCUCAAACUGCGCUACCCGGGCCAGGUGACCCUGAAGUCCAGCCGGCUGCAUCAGUUCCAGCCUCCCAGCCGGAGGAGGGGGGGGGCGCCGGCCAGCACUCACUCAGCCAGCGUCCAGACGGACUGCUCCAAUCUCCCCCUACUCUCCGCCCCUCCUCCCCCCGACCCCUUCAGCUGCGACAGCGUCUCUCUACCCACAGUUCCACUGGGGAACCUCGACACGCAUCCCUUCCUCUCGCUGCCACCUUUUCCUCCUCCCCCACCCCCCCCUCCUCCUCCAACUCCCCCCUCAGAGGAGCAGCAGCAGGGUGAGGGCAGGGAGAAACCCCCCAGCCCGGUGCGGCGUCAUGAACGACAGUCUGAGUCUCUGCCUCUGGCCGCCUUCUCCCCUCGGUUCUUCGACAGCAGUCAGCUGCAGACGGCCAGGAAGAAGCUGAAGAAGACAUCCUCGCUGGACUCCACGCAGUGGAGAGCAGCGAGCUCCCCCAUGGACGAGGUGCUGAACUCUCUGAAGCGCGGCUGCUUCCACCUGAGGAAGGCGGAGCUGCGGGUGCUGGGCCCCGACCCGGACGACGACAGCACCAACAUCCUGGCCCAGAUCCGGCAGGGCGUCCGGCUGAAGAAGGUUCUGGCCCGGCCCGAGCAGCAGCGGCAGGCCAAGAGCUACACACACUCCGCCGACGCUCUGACCCGCAGCAUCCACGAGGCGCUGCGCAGGAUCAAAGAGGCGUCCCCCGAGUCCGAGUCUGAGUCUGAGGACGAAGGCCUGCCCUGCACCGACUGGGAGAUCUAGAUCAGCUCAUUGGACGUGUGUGGAUACGUGGAGCCAAAAUGAGGAGAAAACAAGCGGACAAGCCGGGGUUAAACCACCUGGAGAGACCUUGGUGCACUUUGAACAGAAACCCUUCAUUUUUUUAUAUCAGAAAACCGCUCGGAAGUAUGUGUUUUUUGUAUUCAUACUUCUGUUUGUAAAGAUGGACCACUAAUCUUUGUUUUGUAUGUCGUUGCUGUGGCGUUCUUGGCGAGGAUACAACCUCUAACCUCUCAAGAAGUCAGUCCUCUCGCAGAGUCCUACUGUAGCUUGCUGUGAUGGGUUUGUUUUAGAAAGUGAGUAGUUCUUCACGUUUUCUCACGCUUACACCAACACAGUAAGCAUUCUGACUCUUCUAUGAAUAUAUGUGAGCUGUACACUUUUACAUUCAACUAAGUUCCAACCAUUUGUACUGUACUGUAUACUCCAGUGCAUUCAAAUGCCUAAACGUGUACACCAUGGGAAACCUUUCAAAGGAGAAUAGUUUGACAUUUUGGAAGGGAUUACUGCUAGCUUGAGCUCAGCAAAAACAGAUACUAAAAAGGUCAUUCCCAAAAACGUUACAUUUAUACUUUAGUUUGCUGAUUUGGGACAUUCAUCCUGUCAAGAAGAGAACACAAACCAUGUCAAACAUAAAAAUAAUAAUCUAAUACAUGGAAAAGGUGACAUAUAGAGUAAGAUGUGAUAUAACAAGAGCAAAGGAGUUUGGAGGAAGGAUAUCAAACUACAAUUUCAAUCUCUACCAUCUGUUUUUGAAAACAGAAAGUUAGUUAUAAUCUCGUCACAACUCAUCUAAACAGAAAGACAUAAUACACAUAUAUAUAUAUACAUAUAUAUAUAUAUAUAUAUAUACAUUUCAAAUGCCAACAAACCUCCAUAUAUCUGCUGGAUAUCUCUAAUUCAAAGAGGCUCAGUUCAGAACACGAUGUUAAGUUGUAGCCCACAGCUCACUGACUUACCGCCCCAAGGCUCCAUGGGAAAUGCAAUUCCAAAACUUAGAGCAUAGUUCUAAUAAUAGUGGUGAAAAAAUCCUAUAAAUAUUUAACGUAUACUUUAUUAUUGUCACUUUGAAAACAGCUGAUCUAGUUUAACUGCUGUGUCUGAUGGUGCUGUAGAUUAUGAGAGAGAUCAUGUGAUGAGAUCCAAAUAAACUUUAUACCUGCAGACUUUAAGAAGCUCAGCUGGCUCAGAAAUAAAAAGGUUUUCAGAUAAUCAACAAACAAACAAGCAUCUGUUGACUUGUGCGUCCUCUGCUUUCUCUCAUCCACCGAUGCCAUCAUGACCUAGUCAGUAUUUUCGACAAAAUAUAUAAUAUAUAUAUUCAGCACCAAUUUAAACUAUAACGAUUACUUGAAUCUAGCUUUGGUCGCUCUCUGUGAUCGGCUGAAGUUGCUGUCACACUUGAGAGUGAAAAUGAAUGGAUGGUUGUAAGAAUAUAAUGUAUGAAGAGGAUUGUCACCCUUAAAGAAUACCAUUAACCUCCAUUUUGAUCAUCCAUUAUAACACAUUACCAAUAAAUUACUCUACAAGAUCCAAAUACAUACGACCAAAAAGAACACUAAAAUAGUAUAUUUACAAGUUGCAACAAGUUUUUCAGACAGAUAAAAAUCUACUUUAUGGACCUCUACUGUUAAAAUAUUAUGUGAAAUUAUUCAGCAGGAAAUACAUCUGAAAUUAUUUAAACAAUAGGUUAAUAGUUUGAGUCACUUUUUUAUAAAGCAAACAUGCAAUUUAUUCUCUGUUUGCAGCUUUUCCAAUGUUACAAUUGACUGCUUUUCUGUUUUAUGACACUUUAAAGAGAAUUUCUUCCAGUUUUGGCCCUAUUUUAAAGCCUUAUAAUUCAUAAAGAAAACUACGUGCAGAUAAAUAUUAAGUUUCAAGUUGUUCCAUGGGGACAUGCUGGGCAAAAGCACACCCAAUAUUUGAAAUACUUCAAACACAUGGAUAGCAAACUAAGAAGAUACUAUUUAUAGUUUGGAUCCAUGAUGCAAACGUGUCUCCAUUCAGCUGAAGAGGCUUCAUCGCCCUCUGCUGGUGACAGAUUGAAAACAUUCAGAUCACGUGUCAUGUUUAUAUUUAUUUUACCGUCUUCUUAAUAACCCGAGAGUCUCUUCUCUUUCCACUGCCUUCAUUUGCUUUCCAAGUUCAUUUACUCACUGGAGUUGUGUUGUUUGAGUUUGUUGUGUGUGUGAUUUUAUACCAGUCUCUUAUUAUGUGUCAAAGCUGUCUUUUAACUGAAACUCACAUUGACUUUCCUGUAUGUAACCAGUCAAUCAUGAAGUACCAUGGCUCCAUUUCAAAGACAGAGUUUGACUUAUUUCUACAAGUCGCCCUUUCGCUUUCUUGAUGAGAGUUAAAUGAGAAGAUGACCACUCCUUUCUUUACGAAAUAAGAAGCUAGGGUUAGUUUAUCUAGUAUAAAGAUGGUCACGGGGGAAAGGGCUAGCUCAAACCUUUUCGUGUGUUUUUCGGGUAAGGAAUACUCUUAUUGACAGCAUUUACAUGCACACAAUAUUGAGUUUAUGCCCUUAUUCCACAAAAGACAAUAUUUCUAGAGAAGCUGUUUAAAUGGAUUAAUAAUAUUCCAAUAAUAAUCUUUUUACUUUUUGGAGGGUGUGACAUUGAACCACCUUCUUUUGGCCACAUGGGGCAGUAUUGAGAACUGAAAACAUGCAAUUACACGACACAAAGCUGAGAUUUAUGCUUCAUUAGCAGUUUUUGCCAACCAUGUUUUUGUGGUUAUCUGUAUUUCAGGAGGUGGUUGAGACCAAAACCAGAGUUAAAGGACCAUUAAUAUGAAAUUCAAAACUUAAAAUGUGAUGAUUUUAAUGUUGGGAGUGUAAUUCUUGAUAAACCACCAGUUCCAUAUUGAACGUACCGACAUGAGAGUGGUGUCUGAGCAUCUCAUUUAACUCUCUGCAAGAAAGCAAAUAAGCGUUGUUUCCAAAAUGUCAGCUGCCACUCAAACAGAAAACUGUUGCUAAGUGUUGAACUCUGUGUGACUUGAGAACAUUCUGCAUGCAGCACCACGACAUCGCGGCUCAGCCUCUGCUUUCUUUCCUCCCCAGAAGUCUUUCAUAAUCAUUUUUUAAUAAUGUGUAACAGAACAGCAGCAGAUGCAGAAACUCCCUCUCUGCUGAGUCACUUUUCUAUUUGAGCUUGGGUACCUUUGUGCUUUUUUUAAAAAGAAACACCCUUCUGUUAGACUUGUAGAUUCUCUCUAACCCUGAACAAGACACUAGUUUGACCUUUGACCUUUCAUGACCUUAUGCAUGUGACUGGUUUUAGGACGAACCCAUCACAACGUAAGUGCAAUAAUGAAGAAGAAAAAGUAAUUUUUAUGAAUCAAAUACUGUAAUGAAAUGUAAAGAUAUAUCCGCAUGCCUAAAUGUAUUGAAGUAUUUAUUGAGACUUCAUAUUUUAAAAUGAUUUUUGAAAAGCGUACAAAUGUAAAUGUACUUUAUAAAGUUUUCUUUUCUGUUGCUUUUUUUGGUUCCUAUCACGACAUUCCUCUCUGCUUUCUAUAUCCCAAUUCUAUAUAUUUUUUCCUUUCAAAAUAAAAUGAAGCUCCAACAUGUC